GAACUAGAAAAAAUAAUGUUUAAUGCUAAUAGGAUGCAGAUUAUUCCACCAUCAAACUUAUUCAACGUAGAUGAAUCUGGAUUGUCUAUUUGCCAUAAACCAGGAAAAAUUGUUGCUCUUAAGGGAAAACACAGUGUUGGUGGCUUAACAAGCUCCGAAAGAAGUAAAACAAUCACAAUAGUUUGUUGCCAAUCAGCAAGCGGGUUUUUUGUCCCUCCGAUGUUGAUCUAUCCACGUAUUCGAGUGAAACCUGAAUUUUUAGAUAAAGCCCCAAUAGGUUCUAUUUCUGGUGGCAGCAAAAAUGGCUGGAUAACAACUGAGUUGUUUGAAAUAUGGUUUGAUAAAAGCCUCAAAAUAUUCUAUGAUCAGGAGGUUAGUACUUGGCUUCGUCACCAUCCUGGUCGUCCCGUAACUGAACUAGAGGUUGGUGAAUUAUUUGGAAAAGCCUAUGGGAAAGCUGCAACUGUUCAAAAUUGUCAGUCAGGGUUCAAAAAAUGUGGAAUAUAUCCAUUUGAUAGAAAUGUGUUUACUGAAAAAGACUUUGCUGCAGCCAAGGCUACUGAUCACUCGUAUGUUGUAUCAAAAAUUUCAAAACCAAAUAAUACCUCUGAAAUGCACCCUACUCUCAACAAUGGGUUAGACUCUGCUAAAGAAUUAGAUAAUAUUGAUUUUGUUACAGAUUGUGUUAUUGACACUCAAAAAGAAUUUAUUUCACCAAAUUCAUCAUUUACACUUCAGAAGUCAUCAGAAUUAGCCACCUCACACGAUGAAACCUCACAACCUUAUGGUGUUACAUUUGGAUCACUAGCUGGACUUGCUGUAGAUGGUGGCAUGAAACAUGUGCUGCUAUAUGUGGUGUUUAUACUAAAAAAGUAUUUACUUGUGAUGACUGUAUAAAGCACUGAUUCUUAAAAAAAAAGUUAUAUGUCAUAUAUUGAUAAAA